UUCCGGACGGUGUUCUUGUUCCAGGAGGAAUCUGGUUCUGGCUUCAUCGAUGAGUUCAGUGAACGUCGACCCAGGAUGCUGCAGUUUCUAAACGACCUGGAGGAGAAUGCUGUUCAGCUGGACCGGAUGAAUAAGGGGGCCAAGAUUUCCCGUGUGGCUGGCAGCUCAGUGGGGGCAGUGGGAGGCGUGCUUUCCAUUGUUGGUUUGGCACUGAUUCCUGUAACAGCAGGAGUGUCUCUAGCUCUGACAAUGACCGCACUAGGGCUGGGGAUCGCCAGUGGAGUUAACAGUAGUGUCACCACCGCCACAGAGAUUGGAGUGAACCGUAAACAUCAGAAGGAAGCCAGUGAAACCUUCCAGAGCUUCAUGGAGGAUGUGCAGAGUCUCCAGGAUUGUCUGGAUAAAGUUACCAGAAGGGAAACAGACCACAUCGAUGUGGCUCUGGGAGUAGGCAAGUUGCUGUGUAAAGCUGCUGUUAUUGGAAAUAGUAUUGAUAAAAUUGUUGAUUCUGCUUCUGCUGCUAAGCUGUUGAAAAGUCCUGGAAACGUGGUGGCCCAGGAAGGUAAAGCAUUACGUAACACGCCCAGGGUGGCCAUCAAAGGCCCUGUUGCCCUCUCCAAGUCAGCCAGAGGUCUCAUUGGCCUCAAUGCUCUUUUCCUCGGCAUGGAUAUCUUCUUUAUCUGUAAAGAGAGCAUCAGUCUGUCCAAAGGCAGCGAGACUGAAGUCUCACAGUUCAUCAGAGCCAGAUCUGCACUCUGGAGAUCAGAGAUGGACUCAUGGCAGAAGAUCUGCGAAUCCCUGCGAGAAGGUCGACUGACAUCGGAGAACAACAAAGUUAUCCUGGAGACGUCAUUUUAUCCGGAGAAGAAGAUGAAGAAAGAAAAAGAAACAGAGCUGGAAAUUCCAUCUGAUGAAGUGGAUAAAAAACAGAAAAAACGGAGAAAACGGCGUUGUGUAAUUCAGUAACAGGGAGCAGAGAUCAUCGUGAGAUAAUUUACAUCAAAUCAUGUAGGAAAACUCAACUCUACUUGACAUGAUCUGGAGUAUUCCUGUAUAUUUUUGACCUGUUGGUUCUCGAGGCCCCAGCACCACCACUGCCUCUGCCUUGCCCUUCAACUCCACCUCCUAAUCCCACGACCUCGACAUUGCCUCACCCAGGAGGUGACCUCUGCAAUCCGGGUUCAACAGCUAGCCAACAGCCCCGUGCCACAAUCACAAACCAAACAUCUCUAAUCUGCCUCUUUUGUCUCUGACCGGCUCCUUAUCCAACUCUUUGAACUCGACUCCAUCCUCCGUCAAAGACGUCUUUCUGUACAGUGUACAGGUAUACACAAUGCUCGCCUGCUGAUGUUUGUAAGACGACAAUCUGUAGAAGAAAGUCUAAAAUUAUACUGGGAUCAGGUAUUAAAGAAAAAAGUAGUGUAAUGUAAUUAUCAAUCAAGCUAAACAUCCCCAAAUAACAAGCCUAAAUAUUAAUUAAAUCUAAUAACGUUGUUUUAUGUUAAAUGUUAAAUUCAAUGAAUGUCUGAAUGUUUAGAGUCAUCAGUAUUUUAUCAAAGAUAAAUCAUGUGUUAUGUUGAUUUCUGCAUUUGAAACCUGGUUGUUGGAUGUUGAACUGUUUAUUAACUUCUUGUCUUAUAAUUAAACUAUUUACCAAUUAUUUUAUCAUUACGAAUGUCAGA